AUGGAGGCGGCGGUGGCGAGCGUCGGCAAGGCGGUCCUCAACGGCCUGCUAAGCGGGGCCAAGGCCGCCAUCGCCGAGGAGUCUGCGUUGACGCAGGUUGCAAAGCGUGAUAUGGUUUUCCUUGCAGACGAGCUGGAAGAGAUGCAGUCUACCCUGAGGGAUGCGGAAGAGGAGGAGAACUAUCGCAAGGUACCUAGGAGCAGGGUGAGGCAACUCCGCAGCCUUGCUCACGAUGUGGAGGAUUGCCUCCAAGAAUACAGUGUUCAUUGGGAGAAACCAUCUGGGUGGCGCCUCACACGCACCAUGCUAGAGCGGCACCGUAUUACGGCGGAGAUGAAGGGGCUCAGAGCCAGGGUGGAGGACAUGAACCAGAGAAACUUGCAGUACCAACUCAUCCACAGCGCCGGCUUCAAGCCUACCACCACCACUGAGCAGUCUAAUAUUGCAGCGGCACCAAUAUUCGGCAUCUACGAAGCAAGGGAUACUGUGAAAGUGGAUCUCAAUCAACUCAUCGACAAGGAGGACAAGAAGCUUCGAGUGAUUGCAAUAUGGGGAACGAGUGGCUUUCUUGGGCAGAUGUCCAUCAUCAGGGCAGCAUACGAGAACCCAUAUAUCCAAAGGAAAUUCUCGUGCCGGGCAUGGGUUAGGGUGACGCAGCCUUUCAAUCCAAAAGGAUUUCUACAGAGUUUGGUGAAACAGUUCCAGUCAGCCACAGGGAUUGAUGCUUUGUUGGAUGGAGACAAGACAUGGCAAGAGUUGGUCCAUGAGUUCAAUGGGUAUGUUAAUGAGAAGAGCUACCUGGUUGUGCUUAAUGGGCUAUCCACCAUUGAAGAGUGGGAUGAGAUUAAAAAAUCCUUCCCAAACAAUAUGAAAGGGAGCCGGAUCAUAGUGUGCACAUCAGAAGUUGAAAUUGCUAGCUUGUGUGCAGGGCAAGAUAGUGUUGUGUCAGAGCUCAAGCAGCUAUCUGCUGGUCAUACUAUUUAUGCUUUCUACCAAAAGGAACCUUUGAACAUAUAG